GAGGGUGUCGAGCUCCUCAAGGAGAUCCUAGCAUCUGUGGAUGAGGUGGCUGCGGCGUACGUCGCGUGGAAUGCUGCCUCUCCAGGCUGGACGUAUGGCCCCCAACUGGCUUGGGAAAAAGGCCAGUGGGUCCCCACAUGGGCGGCACUGGCCCGUACGCAAGUCCCGCUCCUCUCAGAAAAACCUGUCAGCUGGACAGCAGCACCUCUUGCAGGUCUUUCUGCGUUCCGACAUGCUGUCCAGGCAGAGAUCCAGUUUCUGGAGCAGGCCCAUGCGCAGCCAGGUAAUACGCCUUAUCUCUGUGCGUUCUGGCAGGAAUUGCUUCAUGCACUAGCGUAUACAUCCCCCAUCGUUGCGCUAAAUACUACCGUGUCAGCCCAUAUCCAGGGGCCCCGCGUGAAGGUGCAGCUGGUCUCAGGCCAAGGAACGUGUUGGACUCGGAUCGUGCCCAUCCGCCUUGAUGCACUACUCCAUGAGUGCCGAGCGUUUGACGCGUCCAGAGAGCCUGGAGAAGUAUCCAGCUACGAUGAUUUUAUCGCUGAUAAUGCGCUUGUCUCUAUUGCUCAGGACCUAAAGCGUGCGUCCGACGAUUCGAUUGAGAUUCACUUGGUCUUGCCGCGUCUCGCACUGGCGCCAGACGUGCCGCCUGCACCACCGGUGGGUUCCAACGACUACUGGGAGGCGCCGGAUACUGUACGCGUACAUUGGCGACUCGCAGCUAUCGUUGCACGAGUCCAGGAAUCUGGUAUACAUGUACGCAUGGGAGCCCAUCCAGAUCCAAUCCAAGUCUCUGCGCAGAUACCACGCCCUACACCACUUAAGGUAUGGCAUCCCACCGCGACAUUAAAUCUUGAUGUGAGCGCGCUUGUCGCCCUGUGCAGUGAUAUAACUCAUGGUAUGGCCACCGACUUGCACGGCCAUGCCAACCGUGCGCUUGCUUCACAGGCAGCGCACGAACAACAGCACCCACUUCUCCCAUGGCUAGCUGAGUAUCUUCACGAGCCAACUCAGCUUGUGGCCUCAGCCCAAGUCUUGGAAAAGUUCGCCGCAAUUGUGGAAAGUGUCGCCUCGUCCUCGGAACGGGCUCGAGCCCAGUGGCUCAUAGGACCACGAUCAACUGUCUGUCCGCCCUGGCUCCACUUACCCCAAUGGGAACGACUCUUCCCUGAGCCAGUACGGCGCGUCUCGAGCGAUGUAUCAUCUCCCGAUGAGGAAAUGUCUUAUGUGGACGCCUGCUUGUCUGCCCUUACACAAAUUCGAGCCUGCCAGCGGUCGAAAUCGCUAGGGCAGUCAGCUCAUACUUGGCACGCACUCCAGUGGGGCUUGCAAUCACGUACUACUACCCUCCUUGCCCAUGCCUACGGUGUACAAGAGCUGACUGAAAAAGCAGGGCCACCGCCAUCGCUUCUCUCCUCCGAUGCCCUUCUUUGGCUCAUGCAGCCCCGAUCCUUUGUGUCGAAUUCGCAGAGACGCAUUUUGCCCAAUACGCCGGUGAUGAGACAGCGAUCAGAUUCGUCAAGCUCCGUGACUGCAUGCCUUUCUGAGAGGACCCAAAGCCAGCAUUCAGGUAGUAGGAUGACUUGGCGGCGUGCUUGGGACUGGAUACAAGGACCCCUGGUCCCGCAAGCGGGACUACUACCGUUCCCGCGGUGGUGGCCCUUCACGCCUUUGGAAACUUACUGGUUGAAUCUAACUGCCCGUGUGGCCUGGGCUGAGCCGCCACCAAUUGCUCUGCCAGGAAGUCCGAGAGAGGAGUGUAUUGACUUGGAGGAGGUGGGGCAAGACACGCUAAGUGACACGGGCCUGCCUCGAAUUAUGCCGAUUAUCGAGGGGCAAACCCGGGUGGCUCGAAGCAAGGGUUUUGUGUUACCGGGUCAGGCCUGGUGGCACCAAAUCAGCCGAGAUGUGUGCCAUAAUGCGCUACAUUGGACCCUGCUUGUUGCUACAUGCAUAUCUUGGCUCUUCGCAUUUGCUGUGCUUGUAGACAAUGCUUGGUUCAGCGCACAAGUGAAAACAUCUCACGGAUGGGAAACGCCUGUGCCGUCGUCAUGCACCACAACCUUUUGGAGUCGGAACGCGGAAUGUGGCCUAAAUGGCGCUGCAUGUGCACCUUUUAGCGAUGCUCGCUACACAUUCCAGUGCCCGCGAGGAUGCGAAAAGACCACACUAUUGAAUCCCCGUCAAGUGGGUGACAAGGCAUAUAACUACAUGCCACUGAUUGUCGGAGGGAAAGAUGGCACACCGUAUCGCGGAGAUUCUUUCCUUUGUGCUGCAGCACAGCAUGCAGGCGUGAUCGGCCAGCGAGGUGGAUGCGGACUACUUCGCCUGGUCGGCACGUUUGGUCCUUUUACCCCCAUUGUGCAACAUGGAUUAGAGAGUGUUCCGUUCCAGGCAGAAUUUCCUCAGUCGUUUGUGUUUGAACCCGUGCUGGACCAGAAAAAUUGUACAGACGAACGAUGGAAGAUGUAUGUGCUCGAUGCUGUUCUUACAGCGUUCGUAACGCUCGUCUUACGACCCAUGCCAAUAUUUCUUUUGUUCGUAUGCCCCUCACUUACACACCAGCUGGCUUUUGUCUAUUGUUGGAUUCUGGCAUGUCAAUUUGGUCUUCGUGAUAAUCCACCACCUGUGGGUGAGGCUGUGGGUGACUUUGGUGCAUACCUGUUCGUGUGCUUUGUGAUUUGGUACGCAUGUCUGCGACACGUGUGGCCACACUUCCAGACUGUACCACUGGAGUUUGGCUUCAGUAUGUUGGGGCUUUGGUGGAUUGGUGUGCUCCUCGAUGUUGUCUUUGCGGAUGUGCCGUUGCAGCGGUUGGAAGCCAGAGACAUUCAGCAGCAGCCUGGUGCUCUGUCGUCGCUCAUUGUGAUUGUGCUAGUGGUUGUGGUUUUGGCCAUUAACCAGGUCCGCAUUGUGAGGAAUGCAGGUGUGCUUCCCAAGUUCCUCACAUUGUAUGUGGUAGCAGCGGUGAUUUUAGGGCUCUGCGCAGCUGUGCCUGGCGAGGGUCUACGUUUGCACCACUACGUGAUUUCGCUGGCGCUUCUGCCUGGCUGUGCAUUCCCAACGUGGAUUUCUCAGCUAUGCUCAGCAUUUCUAUUCGGUAUGUUUAUCAACGGUAUUGGUCGGUGGGGCUUUGAUGGCCUUCUGCAGGACGAGAAAACGAUACAGGGGGACGCUACAGGCAACUCAGCCUUGCCGUCCUUCGCAAUGAAUGCAUCUACAUCACCUUUGAUCCAAUGGGACCCUAUACCAGCAUCCAUCUCUGGAUCAUGGGAUAGUUUCGCCUUGCUCGUUGAUGAUGUGAUGCGAUAUAUGGGACCGCAUACGUCCUACAACCUUUCCUCCCUUCUAGACUCGUACAAGCAGGAGCCCUCAGACGUGAUCCCUUCGUCACAAAUUAUGCAGAGUCUUCAAACAGGGGUCCAUUACUUGCGGUUAGCCUACUCGUCAGGGGGCACGCCCGGUGAUUUCACCCAAGCGGCCCUUGCAUGGAUGAAUGGCACCUUUGUGCCCCCGCCGCCAGGACGAUCGUAA